AUGUCAGAUAGCAAAGACAAGUCGCGGGCUGAUGCCAUGUUGCCCAGCUACGCAUCCCCUGCGCCCGUCCGUAAGCAGCGUCUCCCGCUAUCUCUGCGAUCCGCCUUCCUAUCGCUGUUGGGCUUCGUCACCCUCGUCUACUACGUCGGCGUGCUGACGACGUACAGCGGCAGCCAGCACCACGUCUACCAGCCCUCGCCUCACCCACACAUCCAGAGCGUGUUCGCCGCUUCGCUGGAUAAAUGCGAUGCGAUCGCUGCCCCUGUUGGCCCGCCCGCCGACUUCCACAAGCGCACUCGCUCAGACAGGGCCGAGAAAGACCUCCCCGAUGUCCUUAUUCGCAACGCCACGCUCUGGACUGGCAAUGACGGCGGUCGGGAAGUUCUUCACGAGCGCGAUGUUCUCCUAUCUCAAGGUCUGAUCAAGCGCAUCUCGCACACCAAAGACAACGCUUUCCGCCCCGACUCGAAAGUCAAAGUGGUCGAUGCAGCGGGCCGAUGGGUGACACCCGGUCUCGUCGACAUGCAUGUUCACUUGUCCGUGGGAGCGCUUCCCGCCAUGUCAGGUGACGACGACGUCAACAGCAUCGGCAAGAACACCAACCCGUACCUCCGCACCAUCGACGCAAUGAACCAGCACGACGUCUCGUUCCGCAAGUCCAUCGCUGGCGGGAUCACCACCGGUCUUGUCCUUCCUGGUUCGGCCAACUCGAUGGGUGGCCAGGCUUUCCCGAUCAAGUAUCGCCAAACAUCCUCGCACCUGCCGCUGGAUCGCGUGAUCGAACCGCCCACGUCGCUCGCUCGUCUUGGCCAGGGCAAAGGCGAUGUCGAAAAGUACGAUCUUGAAACCGGGCUGCUUCGCAACGAUAGCUCCUCCAGCUGGCGAUACAUGAAGAUGGCCUGCGGCGAAAACGCCCGUCGAGUGUACAAGAUGACGCGCAUGGACGAGGCGUGGGACUUCCGCCGCACUUUUGCCGCCGCUCGCUCGCUCAAGCUUCGUCAAGAUGCCUUCUGCGACUCGGCCCGCUCCCCCCGUUUUGCGCCAACAACGCUGGACGAUGCUACGUUCCCGGACGAUCUGGAGCACGAAGCUCUCGUAGCGCUACUCAGGGGAAAGGUCAAGCUCAACACGCACUGCUAUACGCAGGUGGACUUUGAAGCGUUCGUCCGUCAUUCAAACGAGUUCGAGUUUGAAGUGGCGGCGUUCCAUCAUGCGCACGAAUCGUAUCUCGUACCCGACCUGCUGCGCCAGACGUAUGGAAACGUUACGCCAGCGAUCGCCAUCUUCAGCACGAAUGCGAACUACAAGCUUGAAUCCUACUUCGGAUCGCCGUUCGCAGGGGCCAUUUUGGCCAGUCAGAACAUCACGCCGGUCUACAAGUCCGAUCAUCCCGUGACGGACUCGCGAAGGAUUCUGAACCAGGCAGCUCAGGCGCACCACUUUGGCUUGGAGGAGCGGUUGGCGAUGAGGAGCGUCAUCAGUGCGCCCGCAGAGAGGCUGGGUCUGGACCACCGACUGGGGUACGUGAGGGAGGGAUGGGAUGCGGAUGUGGUGGUGUGGAACACCCAUCCGUUGCGAUUGGGGGCGACGCCGGUCGAGGUCAUCAGCGACGGUGUGCCUCAGCUCGGGCCGCAUGCGCCCGUGCCCAGACCCAGCCUGCCAAAGGGCAAGGAAAUUAGGGAGCGCAAGGAAGAAGUAGCCGCUCAACCAGCGCCGAAGUCGGGCAACUUCAGCGCAGACAUUCGCAAGGUGAAAGAGUCGUAUGAUCAGAUCAUCACGUUCGACGCGCUCGCCUUCCCAUCCGCCAAAGAGCCGACGCAGAAUUGCACGGUGUUCAUCAACGUCAGCGAGCGUUUCCACCGCCGCGCCAACUCGCCUCGGAUCAGAUCGAGCACUUACGCCUCUGGAUCUGGUACACUCGUCGUGGCGGGCGGUCGAGUGCUGUGCAGCGGCGAAGCGUGCUCUUCCACUACCUGCCCCUCCACCUCCUCUGUCACCACCAUCGAUGCUCACGGCGGGGUGGUUCUGCCCGGCCUCAUAUCGUACGGUUCGAACCUCGGUCUGACGGAUAUCGUAUCCGAACCCGAAGCGUCGGACGGCUUUUCGCUCGAUCCUCUCUCCUCGUCCACUCCGGCAACCCAGCUCGCUUCGUACCUUGCGAACUGGCCGGUCGCGCGGGCGGUAGACGGCCUCCAGUUUGGGGGUCACGACCUCAUCCACGCGCGAGCAUCGGGUGUCACUCGCGGCAUCGUCUUUCCCCAGAGCGACACGUUCUUCUCGGGCGUGAGUGUCAAAUUCGACACCGGGGCAGAGAACGUUUUGACGCCGGGAGCGGUGGUGCAGGAGGAAGUAGCGGUGCAUGUGACGCUCACGCAUGACAAAGGAGGACCCUCAAUUGGAGAGCAGCUCGGAUUGCUCCGUCAGCUCCUGACCAAACCGUCGGGCGUAUGGGAGCGAGUCACCAAGGGAGAGAUGGCGUUGGUAGUGACUGCGUUGAGGGCAGACCACAUCGCCUCCCUCCUGCGGCUGAAGGAUUCCUUCCCGAAAGUGAACCUCGUCAUCUCUGGUGCGGCAGAAGGCCACUUGGUCGCAGACGAGAUCGCAAAGCGCAACGUGGGAGUGCUACUCAUCCCCCAAACCUGGCCCCGAACAUUCGACGAGAUCCGCGGACUGUCAGGACCCCCGCUGACCAGAGAGACGACGCUGAGCAGCCUCCUGCGCGCCGGCGUACGCGUGGCACUCAAGAUCGAAGAAGCCUGGAUGGCAGGUAAUCUUCUUUGGGACGCAACGCGCGCCGCGCUCGAAACCGACGGCCUGCUGGACAGGGAGCAGAUCGUGCAAUUGGUCAGUGGCGGCAUCGAUGACGUGCUGGGACUCAAGAGCGAGGAAGCGGAGGAGGAGUUUGUUGUGUAUGAUGGCGAUCCGUUCGAGUAUGGCGCCAAGGUUCUUGCGGUGCAUUCCAGACGUGGGACGGAGGUUGUUGAGGUGUAG